AUGGCCGUUUUGCUGGCAGAAGAGCGUCGGAAUUUGUCUUUUAUCAAGUUCCCGCCAGAGUCGAGGAAGAACUUCAUUCUGGGACACAAUGGAUUGCGCAAUCGCAUGGCUUGGAGGCCUGACAAGACAGCAUCGAACAUGAAUCUGAUCCACUGGGAUCAGGAGAUGGUGCUGAAGGCGAAGUUCUGGAUUCUCACGUGUUUCACCACGAAAGAACCGCCAAAGUUCUGCACAGUUGCUCAGUUUCCGGGCGUCAAUCGCAUGCAGCUGGAGAGAUUGAAGAUUGGCUGGGAAUUCUCAAGCAUUCGUCUGUGGUUCAGUCCUUAUCGCACGACCACAGAUCGUGAGAUUGACUUCCUCACGCGUCCAUCGACUUUCACGCAACUCAUCUGGGCCACAGUGGAAGUCUUCGGCUGCACUCUGGCCGAGAUCGAUCAGGACUUCUUCGUCAUUGUCUGUGUCUACGAUCCGCCAGGGAAUCGGAUCCGGGAGCGUGUCUACGAGACUGGGAUUCCGUGCUCAGAGUGUGAGAACACAGAAGCCUGCUCGGCCGUCUUCACUGGACUCUGUGGCGUCGACAUGAGCGGCGCAGACAGGAAAAGUCCAAAUCUCUGGGUUUUCUCCUCCUUUGGCACCAUUUGCAGCCUAAUUGCAGUGCAUUGGCGAAUUCUUCUGCAAAUGACAAGCAAUUAG